UUCUAGUUCCAGUUUAUUUUACUUACUUAAAAAACACAGCACAUACAGUUACAAACUGUAUUGCCUCUGCAAUCUAUUUGUGUUUUUUUUUCUUUUUACAAUACACAGCUCAACAGGAAGUAACACUUGCUAAAUAAAAACCUGAAUUUAUAAUUAUGUUGACUUACUAAGAAUGACCAAAAAAAGAAAGAUAAAUGGGUUUUUAAUAAAUAUGUUAAUUAUCAUUAUUUAUGACUACUCUUCCCUGCAAGCGAACUUGUAAAUGCUGAUAAUUUUCAAAGAAAAAUGUAAAAAUGGCUAACACAACAGGAACAAGAAUAUUUAGUUAAGUUAAUACAAAACAUGCUACAUUUACACAAAACAUUUUCAUUCUUAAAAAUGAUUUUUCUUCAUCAGCUAAAGUAAUAUUUAAAAGUGAAUUAUAAUUAAAAGAACAACCCUGCAUACAAAAAAUAAAACAAUUUGCUCACCUCUUAUAGUGCAUUGGACUCAGUUAUGAAGCGUUUCCCGCUGGAUUUUUAGGUUGCAUAUGAAAACUAGCCAUCGUCGCGCCAAAGGGAAUAAAACGAAAAUUAGCCAUACAGAGAUGAGCUUAGUGCAAACAUCCAAUCACAGUGAAUCUUAAUACGGAAGUCCCUCCCAUCGGUGUGCGUCGGAGCUGAGGUGGAUCCACCAGUCAAACCGACACGGACUGACGCUAGCUAGCUACGGCAGCGCCAUGGAUGGACCUGAAGAGAAAGAUUCCUGUUCCACUGCGACACCUGCGGUCAGCACGCGUUCAAAGAAAAACAAAAAGCAGCGACUGGAUAACGUUAACACUAAACCAACGCUGUCAACAGAGAAACGUGAUGAUACUUCUUCUGGCCUUGCCCCUACUGCAACUGUGCUUCUUAAUAAGGAGAGACAGGAAGUUGCUUUUCUUAAGGAGAAGCUGGAGUGGCAAAAGAUGAGAAUUGAAGAACUGAAAGGAGAGAGGGAUUUCCUCCGAAGUCAGCUAUCAUCUCUGUCAACGCAACCUAAAGACGAACCAUUAAAUGAUACGUUUAUCAACAAUCCUUCUGAAAACUUGGAUUCAUCUUCCACAUCUUCAUCUGCAUCAUCUGAGUGGUCAUCCUCAUCCUCAUCUUCACCCCCAAAGAAGCAAAAGCGCAAAUUCAAAAACAAGCAUUCAAAAGCCAAGAAAUACAAGAAGGAGGAAAAGAAGUUCCGGCAGCGUGUCCGAACACCAAGUGAGAUUGUGCAGAGAUACAAGUCCCUCCUCAAGACAUUUCCAAAGAUGAAGACCUUGUCCAAAGCUUUUCAGAAGCAUGGGAUUGACAGAAACACAGUUGUGUCCACGGCAUCAGUUGCUGAGCUCGCUAUCGCAGCUCCUCUUGUUUACCAGGAGCUGAUCUCCAACAAGCCCAGUGGAGAGACGGUACUCCAUUUUGCUAAGCGAUGUGAGGAAGAGAUUCAAAGCAAUGAUGAAGUGAAAAACAAAAUAGAAAGCAUGAAGGCUGAUGGAUCUUUGCUUCCAAUUCGAAGAGGCAAGUCUGUCUGAA